AUGGCCGAAAACAGAAUAGGGAGACAGAUUCUCCUCUGUACCGAAAACUUCCCACAGGAGCACCCAGGUACAUCCCAUUCAACGUCGCAGUAUUGGGGUGACAUAAGCAUUAUUGUUGUUGACCUAUAUCCAGAAAGAAUUUUCAAGUUCCAUGGUUCCAUCUAA